CGGCUCAACUGUUAUCUCCAGCGCAUGCACGCAACGCGGUCAUAGAUUAUCGCAUCGCGCCGAAUUUGCCAACCAAAUUCAUCAUCAUCAACACACUUCAAGAUAUGGCUACGGGCAAGUCUACCCGCGCGAUCGAAAUCCUACGCUACGAUGCGCGCUACCGGGACCAAUCGAUGGAGGUACUGCGGAAAUCAUUCUUCCAGCAGGAAAUAGUGUGUAUCGGAUCGGAGGUAAACCUUACCCCACAGGCACAGAAAGACCUGGAACAGCUGUGUCUCGAUGUCGCCGACGGUGGUGUUUCGUUGAUAGCGCGAGACACCGACACCGAUACGAUCGUUGGUGUUUCGUUCAAUGUGCUGCAGACCCCGAGCAGCCCGGAAGAUGGCAACUACUUUGAGCAGUUCCGGGACACCAAGUGUACGACCGACAGCUCCCGUGCGCUGAUGCAGUACAUGAUCACGAUGGACGCGAAGGUGAACCUGUUCGAGCGGUUCCGUGUGGACUGUCUGCUGGAGAUUAUGUUUCUCGCCACCUUGCCGAGCUACGCCGGCCAUGGCAUUGCAACCCGGCUUGUCGAGGAAUCGGUCCAGCUAGCGAAACAACUCAAGUGUGGGAAGGUAGUGCCAACGGGCGGCGAUGAGCGGUCGGGUACGGUCGUCGCCAAGCAACCUCAGCUAGUGUCGGCCCUCUUUACAUCCCGAAUCUCGCAACGUGUCGGCGAAAAGGUUGGCUUUACGGUGAUCAAUCAGGUGCCACACGCGGAGUUUGUUUACCGGGGCCAAACGUUCAGCGAUCGGGCCGGUCCCGAGCAUCCAUUUUCAACGCUCGUCGUGAAGCACAUAUGAUGGGGGAGAGAAAGUAAGAGAAAGAGAGUGUGUGUGUGAGGAAAGUGAAAGUGCUAAGACGUGAUGAGUGUGUUCAAUAUUUUAGCACUGUGUUGGCCAACUUGUGUGCCCCUAUAGGGACUUAUCUGUGUAUGUGAUUUCAGUAUUGAAGCUGUUUGAUUAAAUUUGAAGUGGAAAAAAAUCGUUAAAUAAAUUAAACCCUCCAUGCUGUGAAA